GCGCGCGAGAAAAUUCGCACCACUCGGACCUUUCCUUCCAACCAUCACCACUCCACACUUUACGAUUAUCUCUCAUCCCAUACCCAACUUAUUCUAUGGCUACCAGUAAAGCUGAAGGACGUCGCGAAGACGCUCUCGCUAAAGAAUGGGAACGAAUGCGUGAAGAGUUCGAGCGCCAGAAGAAGAACCUCAUCGACGAAACCGAAAAAUCCCGCCCUUCGUCCCAUCGUUUCGUCAGUCAGAAUGAUUCUAUGGAAGACUCGCUCAAAUACAGUACCGUUUGGCUCGACAUGGAGAAUUUCUUGAGGGAUGACAUAAAGAAGGUGAAGAAGAGGAAGAAGGCCGCUAAGGCGACGUUGUCUUUUGCUAUGGACGAUGAAGGCGAGGGGGAGGAAUCUAUCAGUAAAGCUGAGUCCGAGCCGCAGUCUGCAUCCAAGGAUGAGGAGGAUGCAGAGGGUGAUGGUGAUGACGAGCGGGCCAAGAAACGGAGCAAGUUUCGCAAAAACCCCAACGUCGAUACCUCGUUCCUACCUAACAGAGAGCGAGAAGAGGCGGAACGAAAGGAACGCGAGCGACUAAGGCAGGAAUUCCUUCGGAAACAAGAGGAAUUAAAGAAUGAGGAUAUAGAAAUCACGUAUUCCUACUGGGAUGGAAGCGGACAUCGGAAGAGUGUUGUGUGUAAGAAAGGCGACGCUAUCAGUACCUUUUUAGACAAAUGUCGACAACAGUUCCCCGAACUUCGUGGUGUCAGCGUUGAUAACCUGAUGUAUAUCAACUUCAAGGAGGAUCUUAUCAUACCUCAACAUUACACUUUCUACGAUUUCAUAGUCAACAAAGCCCGUGGCAAAUCUGGAUCUCUGUUCAACUUUGACGUCCAUGACGACGUCCGACUGCUUGCUGAUGCGACAAAGGAGAUGGAUGAGUCGCAUGCUGGAAAGGUGGUAGAGCGCAGUUAUUAUCAGCGCAACAAACAUAUCUUCCCGGCUUCUAGAUGGGAGGUGUUCGACCCGGAGAAGAAUUAUGGGAAAUAUACUAUAGCGUAGACUCGCUUAUGAGUAUACAUACUGAAUAAUACUGUACUACUGAGUAUCAGAUAUUUGGGAUGAACAGUUG